AUCUUCGAGUUCUCUCUUCCCACCGCCGUCAUGUCAAAGUCAGAGUCGCCCAAGGAGCCCGAGCAGCUGCGGAAGCUCUUCAUCGGAGGGCUGAGCUUUGAGACGACCGAUGAGAGCCUGAGGAGCCAUUUUGAGCAAUGGGGCACGCUCAUGGACUGCGUGGUAAUGAGAGACCCGAACACCAAGCGCUCCAGGGGCUUUGGGUUUGUCACCUACGCCACCGUGGAGGAGGUGGAUGCGGCCAUGAACGCAAGGCCACACAAAGUGGAUGGAAGAGUUGUGGAACCAAAGAGGGCUGUGUCGAGAGAAGAUUCCCAAAGACCAGGUGCCCACCUCACUGUGAAAAAGAUCUUCGUGGGUGGCAUUAAAGAAGACACUGAAGAGCAUCACCUCCGAGAUCACUUUGAGCAGUACGGGAAAAUCGAGGUGAUUGAGAUCAUGACUGACCGAGGCAGUGGCAAGAAGAGGGGCUUUGCUUUUGUGACCUUCGAUGACCAUGACUCCGUGGAUAAGAUUGUCAUUCAGAAAUACCACACUGUGAAUGGCCACAACUGUGAAGUGAGGAAGGCCCUGUCAAAGCAGGAGAUGGCCAGCACUUCGUCCACCCCGAGAGGUCGAAGUGGUUCUGGAAACUUUGGUGGUGGUCGUGGAGGUGGUUUUGGUGGCAAUGACAACUUUGGUCGUGGAGGAAACUUCAGUGGUCGUGGUGGCUUCGGCGGCAGCCGCGGUGGAGGUGGUUAUGGUGGCAGUGGGGAUGGUUACAAUGGAUUUGGUAAUGACGGUGGUUAUGGAGGAGGCGGCCCUGGUUACUCUGGAGGAAGCAGAGGCUAUGGAAGUGGUGGACAGGGUUAUGGAAACCAGGGCAGUGGCUAUGGCAGGAGUGGCAGCUAUGACAGCUAUAACAACGGCGGAGGCGGCUUUGGCGGUGGUAGUGGAAGCAAUUUUGGAGGCAGCGGAGGCUACAAUGAUUUUGGCAAUUACAACAAUCAAUCUUCAAAUUUUGGACCCAUGAAGGGAGGAAAUUUUGGAGGCAGAAGCUCUGGCCCCUAUGGUGGUGGCGGCCAAAAUUUUGCCAAACCACGAAAUCAAGGUGGCUAUGGUGGUUCUAGCAGCAGCAGCAGCUAUGGCAGUGGCAGAAGGUUUUAAUAACUGCCAGGAACCAAAGCUUAGCAGGAGAGGAGAGCCAGAGAAGUGACAGGGAAGCUACAGGUUGCAACAGAUUUGUGAACUCAGCCAAGCACAGUGGUGGCAGGGCCUAGCUGCUACAAAGAAGACAUGCUUUAGACAAUACUCAUGUGUAUGGGCAAAAAAACUCGAGGACUGUAUUUGUGACUAAUUGUAUAACAGGUUAUUUUAGUUUCUGUUCUGUGGAAAGUGUAAAGCAUUCCAACAAAGGGUUUUAAUGUAGUUUUUUCUUUUUUUUUUUCUUUUGCACCCAUGCUGUUGAUUGCUAAAUGUAAUAGUCUGAUCAUGACGCUGAAUAAAUGUGUUCUUUUUUUUUUUAAAUGUGCUGUGUAAAGUUAGUCUACUCUGAAGCCAUCUUGGUAAACUUCCCCAAAAAGUGUAAAGUCAGAAUUCAUCAGGCUGAUGCCAGGUUCCAUUUGAGAUUUAUUUACAAAAUGCUUGGGUGGAGAAGCUGUUCUCAGAUACAUGAGUUACUGUUGUGACCUUCUGAAGUUCACCAUUAAAAGCCACCCAAGCAAAGUCAUGGGGUUAUUUGGUUAUAAGAAUGAUUGUUGGCACAUCCUUUGCAAUAUAUCUAAAUUGAAUAAUGGUACCAGAUAAAAUUACAGAUGGGAAUGAA